GAUUCACCGAUUUAAGCUCGGUCGACGUUUAUAUUAUAUAGUUUAAGCAAAUUAAGAUAUAUAGUCUACCCAACAUGAGCAUCGUUUUGGUUAUGGCAAUGUUAUGUUUGUUCGUGAACAUGACUCACUGCUUCAACCCCAAGAAACUCAAUGUCUCGGAUUGGUCUCACGCCGGUGCUACGUGGUACGGCAGCCCCGAUGGCGCUGGAACGGACGGUGGAGCAUGUGGAUACGGAAGCUCUGUGGCACAACCUCCGUUUUCCGCCAUGGUUUCAGCCGGAGGUCCUUCUCUUUUCAAGUCCGGCAAAGGGUGUGGAGCAUGUUACCAGAUAAAGUGCACGUCGAACACGGCGUGCUCGGGGAAACCAGUGUCGGUAGUGAUAAUAGAUGAGUGUCCGGGAGGACCAUGCGCUUCGGACUCUGCCCAUUUCGACUUGAGCGGCUCCGCCUUCGGGGCUAUGGCUGUUUCCGGACAAGAUUCUCAGCUUCGCAACCUCGGUGUCUUACAAAUUCUCUACAGAAAAGUGGAGUGCAACUAUCCAGGCAAAACGGUGACGUUUCACGUGGACGCGGGUUCAAACGCCAACUACUUCGCGACUUUGGUGGAGUACGAGGACGGAGACGGCGAGCUCGGCCGGGUCGAGCUCAAGCAAGCCCUAGACUCGGACACGUGGCUGCCGAUGGACCAAUCAUGGGGCGCCGUGUGGAAGCUCAACGUGCCAUCGCCGCUGCGGGCCCCACUCUCUCUCAGGCUGACUUCACUGGACUCCGGCGAUACUGUCGUCGCCUCCGACGUCAUUCCGGCCGGUUGGCAGCCGGGGCAGACAUAUAGAUCCAUCGUCAACUUUCAUGUAUAGUUUAUGCAUUAAGCACACAUAUUAAUGACAAUAAGCUAUAUAUAUAUAUAUAUAUAUUAUAGUUUCGUGGUUAUGAUCAGAGAAGUCAAAUUUAUUUGGCUUGGCUUUAUUCUGAUUUGUUGUUACAUGUCUUUAAAGGUGGGGUUUGGUUUCCAUCGUGUGAUUUAGUUCGCCUUUGGAAUAAAUUAUAUAUCACGUUCACUGGUCUC